AAUUGUGGUAUAGAAUGUGUAAAUGUCAGUUAUACACAGCAAUGUAGGCAUUUAUAUAUUAGGCGUUCAGGUUUGACACUUUAAAAAGAGUGAUUUACGAAAUAAUCACAUUAAAACGGAGGAAUGAAGGAGGAUAUUGCAAAACAUGGUUUGCAGGGGCCUAAGGCCUAAGCUGAAUUUCCCCAAGUAGGUGCAGACAACUAUGAAGUUGCAUGCCGGCAUUGUCUAACAAGUAUGCCUGGCAUAUUUAUAGCCGCUCGUGAAACCAAUUAUUCUAUAAGCUCAGACCAAAUGUGCCGCAAUGAUGCUCGUGCUCAUUUGACUCAGGAAGAACAAGCUGCAGCUGAGGAGAGUCUUUCGGUUUACUGCAAACCUGUUGAAUUAUACAACAUUCUCCAACGGCGCGCUGUUAGAAAUCCAUUAUUUCUUCAAAGAUGUUUGCAUUACAAGUUACAAGCGAAGCAGAAAAAAAGGAUACAAAUAUCAGUAUCUGUAUCUGGGGCUACUAGUGAUGGACAUCAAACUCAGACGCUUUUUCCUUUGUACGUGUUAUUGGCAAGACCAGUGUCUACUACAAAUGUGGAGACACAGAGUACAACUGUUUAUCGUUUCAAUCGAGCACGUAAGUUGACGGUUUUUGGUGGGGCUGAGACAUCGAGUACAGCUCGAGCAAAGUUUAUGCUUCCCGAGAUGAAUAAACUAUCCAAAGAGAUCAAAUCUGGCUCUCUAGAUGUAUUGUUGGUUAGCUGUGCUGACUCCACAGAUUCUCCGAAGAUUGACCUAACGGAGGAUCAUAUGUUUUGUAACUCAUUGAAUUGUGAGGGUUACUGCUUGUUUGGGAAGAUUCCAAUGGAUUUACUUCAUUCUUCAUGGGAAAAAUCUCCGACAUUAAGUUUAGGGGGAAGAGCUGAAAUGAUGUCAACUGUUAUUAUGCAGUCCUGCAGUAUGAAGUUGAGUUCUUCAAAUGGGGAAAAGUGUGUAUCUUUUCGGUUUCCAUAUAACUCUGAAGCUGUGAGCAUAUUGCAGCAAGUACCGGUCGUCAUUUCUGCUGAAGAAUUUGGGGCAAAAAAUAUGUUGCCCUAUGAUGUAUAUUCAUACAACGAUGCUCCUAGACCCGGUGUAAUGAGAUUGCGGUCUGGAAAUGUCGUUUUUAAUUACAAGUACUACAACAAUACAUUGCAUAGGACUGAAGUUACAGAGGAUUUUUCUUGUCCGUUCUGUUUGGUGAAAUGCGCUAGUUACAAGGGCCUGAGAUUUCACUUGACUUCAUCACAUGAUCUCUUUCAUUAUGAGUUUUGGGUUACUGAAGACUGUCAGGUCGUGAUUGUAUCUAUCAGAACCGAUGCAAGCAGCUCUGAGAUAAUUCCUGAGAACGUUGAUCCGAAACAACAAAUGUUCUCUUAUUGCCAUAAAUCGAGAAGACGCCGGAAACCAAAAACUCAAACUCAAAACGCAAAUCAUGUGCAUCCACUCGUGCUGGAUUCAACCAUGUCUACAGCUCUCAGUGAGCUUAUAGAUAAUACAGAUGGUGUAGCUGAGUGCAUGGAGCUGGAUGCAUGUAGUCCGGAUGCAAGUGCCACAUGCCCCUCAAAUGCCGAACCCGAGCCUAUACAGUCAUUACCUGAAAGCAGCAACCUUGCACCUCCAGCCAUGCUUCAGUUUGCAAAGACGAGAAAGUUAUCGGUUGAGCGAUCCGACCCUAGAAACCGAGCCCUGCUGCAGAAACGGCAGUUCUUUCACUCCCACCGAGCUCAGCCAAUGGCGAUAGAACAAGUAUUCGCUGAGCGAGACAGUGAAGAUGAAGUUGACGAUGAUGUUGCUGAUCUCGAGGACCGUAGGAUGCUGGACGACUUCGUGGAUGUUUCCAAAGACGAGAAACAGAUGAUGCAUCUAUGGAACUCAUUUGUGAGAAAGCAACGGGUGCUGGCGGAUGGCCAUAUUUCGUGGUCGUGCGAAGCGUUUUCAAAGCUGCAUGGUCAAGACCUUGUUCAGGCUCCAUCACUACUCUGGUGCUGGAGAUUGUUUAUGAUAAAAUUAUGGAAUCAUGGGCUCCUAGACUCGCGGAGCUUAAACAAUUGUAAUGUGAUCCUUGAACAAUACCAGGGUCAGGUUCAGGGUCAAGGUCAAAGUCAAGUUGAAGGUCAAGGUCAAAGUCAAGUUGAAGGUGAAGGCCAAAGUCAAAGUCAAAAUCAAGACAUAGAUCCCAUGAAAAUCGAUAGCUAAAUAUAUUUUCCAUUUUGGGGGUUUUGGUGAUCUUAAAACAUUCUUUUUUUCGUAUAAGGUCAGGUGAUAUAUGUAGUCGUUAACUAUCUCUAGUCGUAUAAUGUAAGAAAACAUAAGAUCUGUUGUUCAUCCCCAUUUGGAGGAUUGGUUUAUUUCUUCAUCAUCAA